AUGUCGUGCUCCAGCCUGUGCAUCCCUUCCUGUGGGGUGGCCGCCCCGGCCCCGCUGGCUGACACCGCCAACGAGCCCUGCGUGCGCCAGUGCCCCGACUCCACGGUGGUCAUCCAGCCCCCGGCCUCGGUGGUCACCUUCCCCGGGCCCAUCCUCAGCUCCUUCCCUCAGUACAGCGUUGUUGGCUCAGCGGGAGCCCCCGGUGUUGGAGGGGGUUACGGCGGCACUUUUGGAGGCCGUGGUGGUUUUGGAGGCUUUGGGGGCUAUGGGGUGUACGGAGGCCUUGGGGGCUCUGGGGGCUAUGGAGGCUAUGGGCUUUAUGGGGGCUACGGAGGCCUUGGGAGCUGCGGAUAUGGCGGCUGGCGCCGUGGCCACAGGUACCUCAGUGGCAACUGCGGACCCUGCUAA